AUAUUUGUUUAAUUUCAGUAAAAAGAACGUCAAAAAUCAGUAUCAUGACGUUCAUGAUAGUUGAAUUCAUCCGAUACUUCUUGCAAAUGAUAUGCUUCAUCAAUUCCCAACUCGGGUUUUUCUCAACCGACUCCAAGAUUCAGGUCCAUAAGAAGAAUCAAGAUUCCAUAUCGUCCAAAAGGGUGUCUUCCUUCGCAGACAGAAGCAUACAGAAAGAUGAGGUGGAGCUGGUGAUGGAGAAUCUUGGAAUCUUUUGUCAUUUUAAAGGCGAGAAACUGGUGGAGAGUUUGAAUUCUAACGACCUGUUUAACAUGUUUGAAGAAGAAAGGCCGAGAUUGGAUGAGGUAAAGGGUGCUUUUGAUGUUUUUGAUGAGAAUGAAGACGGGUUUAUUGACGAAAAAGAAUUGCAGAGAGUUUUGUUUGCUCUGGGGAUGAAGGAUGGAGCAUCCAUGGAUGAUUGCAAGAAGAUGAUAAGAAUGUUUGAUGAUGAUGAUGAUGGUAGAAUAGAUUUUGAUGAGUUUGUGAAGUUUAUGGAAGAUACAUUUUGUUGAAUUAUGUCUCUUCUGGUUUUCCUACGCGUGUUUUUAAAUAACAGUGAAAUCAUUCUUGUAUAAAGACUUUGAAAU